UUGGAAAUCAUUGGUAGGAGAAAGCUUAUUCACGUCUGUUACAGAUUCAAGAUAUAAGAGAAAUAAAAAGCUUAUACUGGCCUCCCUUACUCUGAACAACGUCAAGGAAUUUUUCGAUUCGUUUAAUAAACAUACGGACAAUUUAAUUAGUACUCUUAAUAAAAAAACUGGGCGAGAGUUUAAUAUUGGCGACGAUUUGUCAAUGUGUUCCAUGAAUAUUUUGCUAGAAACUGUAUUGGGAUAUAGUAAAGAAGAUUUACGUAAGGACGCAAAAGCAAUCAUGGAUUCUGUAGACAGGUUUGCAAAAUAUGGAGCAGAAAAAGUACUAAAAUAUUGGCUAAGACCAUAUUUCGUAACUUGGCUGUUAGGAUACCAAAAGAAAAUUAAUAAAGAUUGUGCCUUUAUGGAAAAUAUCACCUCUCAAAUAAUUAACGAAAGAUCUAAGAAUAGAAAGCAAAAUGAGGAUAAAUUUACCGUCUUUAUUGACACGCUCUUGGAUGCAAGGGAUGAAAAUGGUCCAUGUUUUUCACUUAAAGAAAUAAAAGAUGAAAUUAUAACGAUUAUUUUUGCAGGUCAGGAUACAGUUACUACAGCAUUAGGAUUCUCCUUGUGUCUUCUUGGUAGACAUAAAAACGUUCAGGAUAAACUUUAUGAAGAGACAGUGACAAAGUUGGAUAAAGAUGAUUGCUAUAUAACCUACGAUUCGUUGAAGGACCUGGAGUAUUUGGGUCGAGUUGUUCAAGAAACAUUAAGAUUAUAUCCAUCAGCACCAGUGGUUGGAAAAGUUGCCCUAAACGAUAUUGAUUUAGAUGGACAAAUAAUCCCAAAGGACACAAAAAUGGCCAUUAGCUUAUAUCAUCUUCAAAGAAAUCGAAAUAAUUAUACCAAUCCGAAU